UCCUCGCAAGACUUACUUCGGAGGUUCCGGUCGACCGCGCCGCGAAUACGACCGCGAAAAUUCGUGGUCGCGCUGCGUUCCCGUGCGUCGCAUCCGCUCCUUCAGCUUGCAGAGCAAGCCGCCGUCGUCCAUCCUGAAGCGCAACCCCAACACGCCACCGCCGACGCCAGUGACGACGCCCUCCUGUGCGGGACCGUCGCCGGCACCCUCAACGUUGGACGUCAUCUUGAGGACGGAGGACCGGGAAGGCGGCAGCCUUCUGAACGGAGCCCUCUCGGCAGCCACGUCGCCGCAGCCAUCGCCGGGCAGAGAAGUCUGGCACAAUGAUCGCGCCGAGCCAUCUGCCGUCGAGACGAUGUGCGUGCCGCCGUCAUCCGCGUCCUCUCUGUUCUUCCGGUCUCAACGCAAGGCUCCAAAGUCCGGUUCGUUGACUGGCCCCCGUACGGCGGACGCUUCUACCGCUCGGAAUAGCGGCGUCGACGAGUCGUCUACGCUCCUGCCGAGUUGCUCGAACGUGGGUGCGGUGGUGCCAUUGCCGCCGACGGCCAAGUGCCCGAAGAGCGAUGAGCAGCCGUCCGCUUCGACAAAGUCUCGAUCGACAGUGCAGCACGGCCGUGGCGUUCUUUCGCCUCAUAAGGCUCAACGCCGGCACCAUGCGUCAUCGGCCAACAAUAAGCGGCAGCCAGAGCAAGCGGCUCGUCAGUCCCUCGACACGAAGGCCGAGACACGGCACGAAUCACGGCGGACGUCUCAGCCGAAGAGCGAUACGGUGCCACCGCCGCCCAAGGCUGCGGCGCCAGAACCCGACCCGAUGCCCGAGCCAGUGCAGGAGAAGGCAACAGCACACAAGCCCCAACCGGAAACAAAGCUGGAAGUGCGCGGUGUUCUGAAAAAACGAAGCCCGCAACCUCAGCCCGGCGACGUGAGGCGCAGCGACAGCUUGCCCAGCAAGUCGCUGCAACCGAUCGUGCCGUUCGAGAACAAAGACUUCGGCCUCAGGGCGCCGUGUGCGCUCCCCGCGGCAGGAUCUGUGCAGCCAGCCACAGGGCAGGGCCGUCUUAACGCAAAGUGCGCAUCCAUGAGCGAGACGAAGUCACCGAUAGACAAGGGCUCGAGUUCCCUCAUCUCGGGAACAGAGCAGCCGACGUUGUCUCUGCGCGUGCGAGCCCUCACCACCGCGGUGCGCCCUGCGUUCAUCGCCAGUGCCGCCUACAGCGCCAUCUUUGGGAACAUCGCGAGUUUCAGCACACUUCCCGUGCGGAAGACCGUCCUCGUCACUCUUGGCUGCUGCACCUCACUGCCCAGCGCAGUCUUCAUACUUCGUCCACGUGUUCGCAGCCGUGACGAGCAGUGCCCGGUGAACUGGUUGAGGUGGCUGGUCGUGUCGCUACCAGUGGUGGUGACGUGUUGCGCCAUUUCGUGGGCGUCCAUCUACUGCAACAGCCUCGCCACCUGCGAAGACAGCAUCGACGAGCAAACGCACCGAGACAUGUCCAAGUGCGCCAAGGUCCGUCAUCAGAACAUGAAGAGGCACACUAUUCGGGAGGCGUUGCUGUUCUUCUGGCUGAUCGGGAUUCCUGUCGCCUCCAGCGCUUAUGCCACCCAGCACCCCGGAAGGUACCUAGAAGGCCCUUACCUGGGUCUCACACUACUGGUGCUGAGCACUGCGCCGGGACCGGCGUGGCGCCGCUGCUGGUCUCUUCGCUUGCUGUGCUGGCGGAAGAUCUGCUCUCGCAUGCCGUGGGACAUCAUCCUGAUGAUCGGAUCCGUCAUGGCGCUCAGCAGGACUGUCGAGAAGUACCGGCUAGUCGAGGUUGGCCUUGCGAAGCUGGACGACCACUUCUGGGCGCAACGGUCUGCUAAGUCCAGCCAGUUCAUCCUGGUCAGCGUGGCAGCUGUGCUCUCGGAAGUCGUGGUCGGGGACUCUCUGGCAAGAUCUAUGGCAACCACAGUGGUUCGGGUGGCGGUGGUGACGGAGACCCCGGUUUCCUUCUACGUGGUACCAGUGAGCAUGGUGGCCUCCAUCAAUGUGGUGCUGCCGGUGUCGCUCCCCCUGCUGAUCAUGCGCGAAUACUUCCAAACCAAGUGCACCGAGAUGCUGGCCUACGGCGUUCUGCUCAAGUGCACCGCCGUUCUUGUCAUCUUCCUGUCCAUGAACACCACCGGCCUCUUCUUGUUCCAAGGCGACCAGCCACCGACAGCGCAAGCCAUCUACGUUAUCCGCAACGCCACUGACACUGACAGGGCAACCCUGUGAUAUUCCGUAGUGCUACUUGUAUAACAUCCACUGUUUAUGUGCGCUGUUUCAUUUACCAUUUGUACUUUACUGCUCUUAUUUAACGGAUUAUUUCAUUGUUGAGAGAUGUGUCGAAUUCGCAAUGAGUUCAGCAAUUUGGGAUACUUUCUAUUUGUACUCACGUGGCGUCAUUUUCUUUUUGUAUUUUUAAUUGUCUACUGUAUGGACUCAAUUCAAUUGAACGCGCAAGAGUAAGGUACGCUUCGGACGCGCCACACAGGGACCACAGUUCUUGACUCUCUUCUUCUUUUUUUUUCUUUACUGUCCAUGAACUGCAAGUUUCCGUUUGCUGUGUGUUUGUAUUGCGCUCGAGUAUUCUACACCAAAGGAAAUGUGCACACCGAUUUUGACGUAUAUUCUGUAGAAAGCCGCAUCCUGUUGAUUGGGCCGUUUCACGUGAUUCUGGAACACGACAAACCUAGCCCAUUGCUUUCGCAGAGCCCAGCGAUUGAAUCGUCUGU